AUGGAACGACAACGGCAGUUAACAGGAAGAGAAUAUGUGAAUAACUCCAUGAGUCCUACAGAGAAUGUGUGUAGAUUGACAAGGGAGGCUGUGGCCCAAUAUCAAUCCUCAUUAUCAUCCUUAUCCACAAUAGCAACAACAACAACAAUAAGAACAGAAGAAAUAACAGAAGAAAGAAUAAAAGAAAGAGAAGGAGAGAUGGAUGAAUGUGAGAAGAGUUCUAUUGUGGAGAGUGAAGAGGAGGCGAGUUUCUUUGAAAGUGAUGAUGCGAUUGAUUUAAAUGACUUGAAUCGACUAUAUGAGUAUUAUAAACGUCGUGAGAAUGUGCGAGGAAAGGGAAUCUCAACAACAACAACA